GGAAAAGAGGCUCGUUUUGUCUUUGAUAUUUCCUCAUUGAAAUCUCAAGUGUACUGUGGAGCGAAAAAUCUGCUUUUGUGAGUGUUCAAAUGGAGCUCACCAACAAGAAGCCCUCGUCUUUACCCACCAACUACGUCACCAUUCUCGAGCUCAAAGAGCGCUGGCUCAAAGAGAAGGAACGACAACAAGAUGAGGAGGAACGACAACGAAAGGUGAAGGAACAAGAAGAAGAGGAGCUCCGACAGCAAAAGCUCCGAGAAGAGCAGGCAAAGCAACAGAAGCAAAACGCCGUCGUUCUGAAAACCCGAACCGAUUCCAGACCUACGGAUCGCAGUAAUCAGACACAGUUUCGGCCGGCGAAUCGGAGGAGUUUUUCGGAGUGCAAGGGUGCUGAGCUGGAGGGGAAAAAGCAACCCGUCGUACAGAAAACCGAAGCCCAUUUCAAGGCCAGGAAUCGCAGUGAUCGGAGACAGUUUGGGCCGGUUAAUUUGAGUGUUUCGGAGUGCGACGGUGCUGAGCUGGAUGGGAAAAAGCAACCCGUCGUACAGAAAACCGAAGCCGAUUUCAAGCCUAGGAAUCGCAGUGAUCGGACACAGUUUGGGCCGGUUAAUCGGAGUGUUUCGGAGUGCGAGGGUGCUGAGCUGGAGGGGAAAAAGCAACCCGUCGUACAGAAAACCGAAGCCAAUUUCGAGCCUAGGAAUCGCAAUGAUAGGAUACAGUUUGGGCCGGUUAAUCGGAGUGUUUCGGAGCGCGGGUCGGUUAAUCGGAGUGUUUCGGAGCGCGAGGGUGCUGAGCUGGAGGGGAAAAAGCAACCCGCCGUACAGAAAACCGAAGCCGAUUUCAAGCCUAGGAAUCGCAAUGGUCGGACAAAGUUUGGGCCGGUUAAUCGGACUGUUUCGGAGUGCGAGGGUGCUGAGCUGGAGGGGAAGAAAAAUGGGGAACCAGAGGAGAAGAAGUUAUGGAAGAAGAAGAAGAAGAACAAGUCGAAGAAGAAAAAGUCGUGGAAGAAUGUUAGGGCAGAGGAGGAGGAAGUGACCGAGAAGGAAUGUAUAGUAGACGCGCCUCAAGCGAGUUGCGAGAAGGGAGACGAUCAGGCGACAGGGAAGGAAGAAAAGAGACCUGAAAUCGAAAUUAGGGCAAAGAGCGAGAAUAUGCUUCCGACUGCGGAGAUUGUGCCGAAAUUGAGGGAUUUAUCGGUGAAUGGUGAGACUGGAAAAGGGGAUGAUGAGUUGAAGAGACCAAGAAUAAUUGAUCGCCGUGGUAAUGGAGGAAUUAGUGCUUAUUAUGAGAGGCCUGGUCGCUGUGAUAUGCAGAAACAGAGAGGUUAUGCUGGGAGGGUUUGGGUUAAGAAAGGAGAAGUUGCUGACGACAAUGGUGGUGGAGUUCAACAAAGCUUGGAGCGCAAUGAUGUUAUUUCUGGUCAAACUGGAACGUCUUCGAAUGCAAGGUCACUGAAAUUCGCCGGAGGGAUGAUCAGGAAUAAUCCAGGACGAUGGUGGCAAAGCAAACACGAACCGAAGUGUUUAUAGUUGAUGUUGACUUGUAAAGAUGCACCGGAAAAUAUGCAUGUUUCCGUUUGAUCAUGAAUCUGAUCAAAAUUCGGAUAUUUUUACUUGAUGUGCUUGAUGCACCUAAUCGUGAUUUGGGCAUUGAAACUUGAUGUAUAAAGGAUGUUGAUGCUCUGUUAUCAAAAUAUGUGUAGAAUAUUUCAUGACUUUCAUCA